AUGACGACGACGACGACGACGACGAGGCUGAUCUGCUGCUUCUCUGUCGCUGCUCUUCUCCUUCUCUGCUUCCUUCUCCCGGCCGCCGUCGCCGAGGAGCGCUUCUACGAGUUCGUGGUCCAGGAGACGCUAGUGAAGAGGCUGUGCAAGACGCAGAGGAUCAUCACGGUGAACGGGCAGUUCCCGGGGCCGACGAUCGAGGUGUUCGACGGUGACGAGGUGUCGAUCAGGGCGGUGAACAUGGCGAGGUACAACGUGACGCUGCACUGGCACGGCCUGCGGCAGCUGCGGAACGGGUGGGCGGACGGGCCCGAGUUCGUGACGCAGUGCCCCAUCCGCCCCGGCGGCAGCUACACGUACCGCUUCCCCAUCCAGGGGCAGGAGGGCACCCUGUGGUGGCACGCCCACAGCUCCUGGCUCCGCGCCACCGUCCACGGCGCCCUCAUCAUCCACCCUCGCCGUGCCGUCCCCUACCCGUUCCCUAAGCCCCACUCUGAGUUCCCCAUCAUCCUAGCGGAGUGGUGGAGGAGGGACCCGAUCGCGGUGCUGAGGCAGUCCAUGAUCACCGGCGCGCCGCCGAACGUCUCCGACACGAUCCUCAUCAACGGCCAGCCGGGAGAUUUCCUUGAGUGCUCCGCGCAAGAGACGAGCAUCAUACCGGUGGUCGCCGGCGAGACGACCCUGCUGCGCAUCAUCAACGCCGCCAUGAACACCGAGCUCUUCGUCUCCCUCGCUGGGCACAAGAUGACCGUGGUCGCCGCCGACGCCAUGUACACCAAGCCCUUCGAGACCACCGUCGUCCUCCUCGGCCCCGGCCAGACCACCGACGUGCUCGUCACCGCCCACGCCGCGCCGGGACGCUACUACCUCGCCGCGCGCGCCUACGCCUCCGCACAGGGCGUCCCCUUCGACAACACCACCGCCACCGCCAUCUUACAGUACAAGGAAGGCGCCGGCUGCCCCAGUACGACCGGGGCAGGGGCCGCCGCUGGCGCCGGCGCCGGCGUUGGUGCAGGAGCAAACUCAUUCAACGGCCAGGUUGGCUCAGGUGCCAACCCGUUCAACGGCCAGACUGGCUCAGUUGCCAACACGUUCAAUGGCCCGCUCGGCCGGUCCCAGUUCUCCGGCGGCCACCCUGCCCGCGCCGGGCCGGCGCCAAUGCUGCCGUUCCUGCCGGCGUUCAACGACACGAACACGGCCACCGCGUUCUCGAACAGCAUCCGCAGCCCGGCGCCGGUGAAGGUGCCGGGGCCGGUGACCCAGGAGGUUUUCACCACGGUGGGAUUCGGCCUCUUCAACUGCAUGCCCGGCCCGUUCUGCCAGGGACCCAACAACACCCGGUUCGCCGCGAGCAUGAACAACGUGUCGUUCCAGCUCCCCAACACCGUGUCGCUGCUGCAGGCGCACUACCACCACAUCCCCGGCGUGUUCACCGACGACUUCCCGCCGCUGCCGCCGGUCUUCUUCGACUUCACCUCGCAGAACGUCCCCCGCGCGCUGUGGCAGCCGGUGAAGGGCACCAAGCUGUACCGCGUCAAGUACGGCGCGGUGGUGCAGAUCGUCUUCCAGGACACCGGCAUCUUCGCCGCCGAGGAGCACCCCAUGCACAUCCACGGCUACCACUUCUACGUGCUCGCCACCGGGUUCGGCAACUACGACCCCGUGCGUGACGCCCACAAGCUCAACCUCGUCGACCCGCCCAGCCGGAACACCAUCGGCGUGCCCGUCGGCGGGUGGGCCGUCGUGCGGUUCGUGGCGGACAACCCCGGGGUGUGGCUGGUGCACUGCCACAUCGACGCGCAUCUCACCGGCGGGCUCGCCAUGGCGCUGCUGGUGGAGGACGGCGAGUCGGAGCUGGAGGCCACCAUGGCGCCGCCGCUCGACCUGCCGUUGUGCAUCCUAUAGGCAGACUUUCCGUCUUGGCUUUGUGUAGUGUACGUACGUACGUGGUGGCGAUUUGAGGAGGCUGUGUGCAUUGUACGUGUCGAAGGUGUAUUCCCGUGCGUUUGUAUUUUAGAAUUUGGCGUUGUAAUUUGGAUUUCGAUUUGAAUUUGCAACGAAAACGAAAGGUU